AUGAAGCUAAAACUUUCCAAUCCGGGCCUGGAGGACAGGAUAUUGUCCCAUCAGCAGCUGGACAAGCUGGAGGAUGCCGAGGCUGGAGAAAGACCGUCAUGGGGCAGCAAGGCCCAGUACAUGCUGACCUGCGUGGGGUUUUGUGUGGGGCUCGGAAAUGUGUGGCGUUUCCCCUACCUGUGUCAGAGUCAUGGAGGAGGUGCAUUUAUAAUCCCGUUUCUCAUCCUGAUGGUUCUUGAAGGAAUCCCGCUUCUCUAUCUUGAGCUUGCUCUCGGCCAGCGUUUAAGAAUGGGCAAUGUGGGAGUGUGGGCUGCAAUCCAUCCUUGUCUAGCUGGCAUCGGUAUCGCAUCCAUGUUCAUAUGUUUGACAAUAGCCCUCUAUUACAACACCAUCAUUGCCUGGAUUAUGUGGUACUUAUUCAACUCAUUCCAAAACCCACUGCCUUGGAGCCGAUGUCCACUGAACGCCAAUUUAACAGGAUUUGUCACAGAGUGUGAGAGGAGCUCUCCCGUGGAUUAUUUCUGGUACAGGGAAACUCUGAACACAACUCCAACCAUAGACGAGGGUGGUGGGCUGCAGUGGUGGAUACUGCUAUGUCAUGUUUGUGCCUGGUCUUUGCUCUAUAUCUGCACAAUUCGCGGGAUUGAGACCACUGGGAAGGCUGUGUAUGUGACUUCAACCCUUCCCUUUGUGCUGCUGACUGUAUUUCUGAUCAGAGGAUUGACUCUGAAGGGCUCUGUAGAUGGAAUCAAGUUUCUCUUCACACCAGAUUUAACAGAGCUGGGGAAACCAAAAACAUGGCUGGAUGCUGGCGCUCAGGUUUUCUAUUCCUUCUCUGUGAGUUUUGGUGCCCACGUUUCCUUCGCCAGCUACAACCCAGUGCAUAACAACUGCAAAGUGGAUGCAGUGGUCAUUUCCAUCAUCAACGGCUUCACGUCCAUCUUCGCUGCAACUGUCAUUUACACCAUCAUUGGUUUCAGAGCAGCAGAGAGGUUUGACAACUGUCUUUCUGGAAACAUCCUAGCAUUACUAAACGCAUUUGACCUCACUGAAGACAGCAUCACUGACAGCAACUACGACAAGAUGGUUCAAAGUCUUAAUGAAACCUACCCUGACGUUAUUCAAGGGAUGGAUCUGAAAACCUGCGACAUGGAAACUUUUCUCAGUGGGGGAGUUGAAGGGACUGGUCUGGCCUUCAUCGUGUUCACCGAGGCCAUCACCAAGCUGCCUCUGUCGCCGUUGUGGUCCGUCCUGUUCUUCAUAAUGCUUUUCUGUCUUGGCCUGUCUUCUAUGUUCGGGCUCUUGGAGGGAAUUGUAGUACCGAUACAAGACCUCAAAGUCUUCCCCAAGACAUGGCCAAAAGAAGCAGUAACUGGUGUGACGUGUGGCCUCUGCUGUCUGGUGAGUCUGAUAUUCCUGCAGGGUUCAGGGAACUACUGGCUUUCUCUCUUCGACGCCUAUGGAGAAUCCAUCCCAAUGCUGGUUAUUGCAUUCUGCGAGAUGGUCUCAGUGGUGUACAUAUAUGGGAUAGACAGAUUCAACGAUGAUAUAAAGUUCAUGAUCGGACACAAACCCAGCUUCUUCUGGCAGGCAUCGUGGAGAUUCAUCAGCCCGCUGAUUGUGCUUUUCAUCCUGAUCUUCUACCUCAUCACCAUAGUUACUGAACCAUUCCUUUACAAAACCUGGGAUCCUGAAUCGGAGAAAUUCCCGAUGUUGGAAGAAAAGUCUUACCCAGACUGGAUCCAUGUGAUCAUCUUCAUACUGGCCGGGAAUCCCAGUUUAAUGGUGCCUGUAGUUGCUAUCUGGAAAUUUGUACAGAAAAGGAGAAGGGGUGAAUAA